UCCUGUCGGUGUAUCCUGCUGCCAUCCCGGGUGCUCUGCUCCCCAUCCGUCACUCACACACGUGUUGUUUUCCCAGCGUCAGGACUUUAGCCAGCAAUCUAGGACUGCAGCAAUGUCUUGUGUUCCUUGACUGUGGAGGAAAAGCUGCUGCUGCUGCUGCAGUGCUGAGUCUGCUUUGGCUCCUGAUGAGUGUGGGCUGUGCUUGUCGGAGAUUAAGGGGCUCCCCCCCAUGAUUACACAUGGACUCAGUAUAGACCUGAUGGUGCUGCAGAUUCCUGAUCGCCUCCUUCCAUCUAUCCUGGAAACUUCUCCCCAUCUGCCUGCCUGCCGUGCUAUGCCUAAAAUGUCAGCAUUGGCUGGAGGGAUGCAAGCAAGGCAUGACUGCUGCAUGCUUCUUCAUCAUCAAUCCAGGUCCCUUCCUUGUACCACGGUGCUGAACACACAAGGACACUCCUUUUGAAGUCUAGGAAGAUCAAAGGAAAAAAGAAAACGUUAUGGACUUGUAUUUAUUUACUGAUGGCAAGAUAGAAGAUUGAGGGUCCAGCCACCCUGCCCUGAUCACACUGGCACCCCAGUUACCCUGCUCAUGACAUAACUAUCUCCUCCCCCCACAGUCACUAUUCCCUUGAUGACUCCAGGAACUUCCUUUGCUCUGACGCCUAAUGCUGCUCACUGAGGCUUGCCUUAAUCUGUAGAACACGUUCGGAUGUAAGGCUCAGCUACUGGAACCGUAAAGGCGGUUGGUACUUGUCACGAUCUGCCCCUCGGUGUGCCCGGGAUGCCCGGAGGAAUGUGGUACUCUCUCUUUGGAUUGAUCUCUGCUCCGGUCCUGGUGGCGGUGGUGUGCUGCGCCCAAAGUGUCAAUGAUCCCGGUAAUAUGUCAUUUGUGAAAGAGACAGUGGAUAAAUUAUUAAAGGGGUAUGACAUCCGCCUAAGACCAGACUUUGGAGGUUCUCCAGUGGCUGUUGGAAUGAAUAUAGACAUCGCCAGCAUUGAUAUGGUCUCUGAAGUCAACAUGGACUAUACUCUGACAAUGUAUUUCCAGCAGUACUGGAGAGACAAGAGAUUAGCGUAUACUGGAAUCCCACUUAACCUCACUCUUGACAACCGAGUGGCAGAUCAGCUGUGGGUUCCUGACACGUAUUUUCUAAAUGACAAAAAGUCUUUUGUUCACGGGGUUACAGUAAAAAACCGUAUGAUCCGUCUCCAUCCAGAUGGGACAGUUUUAUAUGGCCUAAGAAUAACAACAACAGCAGCAUGUAUGAUGGACCUAAGAAGAUAUCCACUGGAUGAGCAGAACUGUACAUUGGAAAUAGAAAGCUAUGGCUAUACAACAGAUGACAUUGAGUUCUAUUGGAGAGGGGGUGAUAACGCUGUAACUGGUGUUGAGAGGAUAGAGCUUCCUCAGUUUUCCAUAAUGGAUCAUAGGUUGGUGUCCAAGAAUGUUGUGUUUGCCACAGGCUCAUAUCCUAGACUCUCUCUGAGCUUCAAGUUAAAAAGAAAUAUUGGAUAUUUUAUUCUUCAGACCUACAUGCCAUCUAUAUUGAUUACAAUAUUAUCCUGGGUAUCAUUUUGGAUCAACUACGAUGCAUCAGCAGCAAGAGUUGCACUAGGAAUUACUACUGUUCUGACUAUGACAACCAUCAAUACUCAUCUCCGGGAGACAUUGCCUAAGAUCCCAUAUGUGAAAGCCAUUGACAUGUAUUUAAUGGGAUGCUUUGUAUUUGUGUUCUUGGCCUUACUGGAAUAUGCCUUUGUUAAUUAUAUCUUCUUUGGAAGAGGACCCCAAAUGCAAAAGAAGCUAGCAGAGAAAACAGCCAAGGCAAAUAAUGAUCGCUCCAAGUUUGAAAGUAAUAGGGUGGAUGCACAUGGGAACAUACUGCUAACAACUCUUGAAAUACAUAAUGAAGUCACUGGAAAUGAAAUUACAACAAGCGUCACAGAUUCCAGGAAUUCAGCAACAUCUUUUGACAACUCAGGGAUUCAGUAUAGAAAGCAAAGUGUGACUCGAGAUGGACUUGGUCGGCGCACAAUGGACAGAACUGCACCACAUGGCAAGAAAAACCAUCUGAGGAGGAGAUCUUCACAACUAAAAAUUAAAAUCCCAGACCUAACAGAUGUGAAUGCUAUAGACAGGUGGUCAAGGAUGAUCUUUCCAAUCACUUUUUCACUUUUCAACCUAAUUUACUGGUUAUACUAUGUCAACUGACAAACUAUGCCAUGACAUAGUCAACAAAUAUCUCGUUUGUUCACUGUAUGCAAUGGAAGAAGGAAGUUUUCAUGUGCAUACACUGUACUGACAUGAAUGUAUGCACACGUUCACCUUUGUGCUGGCACAUGUUCAUAUAAAAAGAGUAAGCAUAUUAUGCGACUUGGACAAUUUUUCAAGAACAAGACAUACUGACAGUUUUUAAGCUUUGAACAAUGCAGAUCUUCCUUGAAAGAAGGAUAUGCCUUUUGGACUUUUGAAAUACUCCUUCAGACACAUGUUUAAUUUCUGACAUUUCAGUAAGGGGAUUAUAACACCAUCAGUUUUUCUAUUUAUUUUUAAAUAGAGCUGCCAAUGUAGUCAGCAAAAGGACUGCACUGUGCUUCAUUGACCAAUGCUGUUUAUUAAGGACAUUUUUGGAGUACAUUUUUCUUUAAGGGUCAUCUUAUUAUGCUUAUGUUUCUUUUAUUUUCAUUCGUCAUUUUAUUGUCAUUCAUUAUGAUCACACCUGGCACUGACAAUUGUAUUAAGACUCAUCGGAAAAAUGCAGUAAUUAUUCAUAUCAACAGCAUAUGGGAAUCCAUUUUAAAGCACUGACCCUGAACAAAUUAAUGGAUUUCCUGGCGAAUGUCAUAAAUAUUAUGUAUACUAGUAUAUUUCCAGCAGACCAGUCCUAUAAAUUACUUAAAUAUUUUAAUAAUUUAUUCCCCUGGUUAUAUAUUGAAGUUGGGUUAUUUAUGAAACAAACAGAAUAUUCUCUUGAAUUGCAUAUUUAUGUGCCAUUGUGCCUAUUUUUAAAGAAAAUGUUAAAACAUUUAAUGUCCAAUAAGGUGUUUUUUCUGAAAUACUUUUGAUCAAAGAAAUGUUUUUAUUUUUUUUGUUUGACACGCAAAAUAGCAUUGCAAAUAUUUAUAUGUUAAGUCAUAAAAGAUCUUUUCUGGAGUGUGCUCAGACUUUACCCCAAAGUCUUCCAGUUACACUGACAUCUGAAAAAAUGUUCAUAUGACCUGAAAUGGCUCCUGUAAAGCCUAAGAAGUUUGACUUUCAAGACUCUACAUUAAAUUAUUUUGCGGGAAAUAUCCCAUUUCCAUAUCCUAGCUUAUUACCAAGAGGGGAGGCAACAAUUUCUGCAAAAUGUCUGUUAUAGUCCCAGUCUUCUUUUCAAUGUCCAUGUCCUGCUGUAUCCCAAAAGGAGCAAUCUUCUCAUUUGGAGAGCCUUAUAUUUCAGGCCGCGUACACACGGUUGGUCCAAACCGAUGAAAAUGGACUGAAGUUCAGUUUCAUCGGUCCAAAC